AUGGUGGGCACGGCGCGCCCGUCACCGUACUCGGACGACCGGCUUUCGUUUGUGAGCUCGGUCCACAGCAGCGCGCGCCAUCUGCUGCACGACAGCUUUGAGCCCGUCAAGACGCCCCUGGACGCCGACCUCGAAGGCGGCGCGCUCCGCGACGGUGGCGCGCCUUCGAUCACAUCGCCCGAGAUCCUCGCGCUCCUCUUCCAGUAUGCGUGCAUUGGCAUC